AUGGACGAGUCAUCCGAAGGAAACCUUUGGCGCGUUAUCGAACACUCCACGAAGUUCGAAGCUAGGGGAAUAAGCACCUGGGCAAUCCAGUACAGCAACUGGGCCCAUGGCAUCCAGUUAUUGCUGUCCAUGUCGAAGGAGGAGGAUAUCUGUGCAGUCCUUCGGGGGGCGCAGCGACCUUCGGCGGAGAGUUCCAUCACAAAUUCCAACUCAGUUGGUGGAGGAGGAGACGAUGAUGGUGGGAAAAAGGAGGGCGCCAUGACAGUGGCGCGAUGGGAUCGUGCGUCUUCAAGACUGCAAGCCGUGCUAUGCCUGACAACGACGGGUAUCCCCCAGGGCUUAGUGAAACGCCAUGGGGGGAAUAAUCGCGCGGGCGGCAUUGGAAACGGGCCAAACGGGCAAACGGGGUGGAGGGAGCUGAAGGCCAAGUACGCCUCUCCACGGGUCAUCCGCGACGCUUUGAACCACACCCAAAUGUCUGUCGGGCAAGACCCGGACGAGUACCUGAACACACUGCAUCAGCUUCGCACGGACCUGCAGAAGGAGCAAGGAGAAGUUGAUUCUUAUGACGAGCUUGAGUUCAUCGUUAUCGAACACCUCACCGAAGAGUACGAUUUCGUGAGGACGUUGUUCGUGACCAAGGACCCCGAGUUCGACCUUCCGCAGAUCGAGGCCACUAUUCAGCGGACGUACAUGCGUCGGAGCCGCCAAGCAGCCAAUACUCCAAAGGAAUCUGGUUACUGCUGUUGUGAGCCGGGGGACAUCAAGGCGAAAUGCAGGGCACUGCAGAGGAGACUGGCGAGGGUUGGAGCAAUUCCAGCCGUUGUCGCGCAGAGGCGGGGAAAUGGUGCUCGAAGCACAGGUCAACCACGCACAGUGACGCCGAGUGUCGUGCUCAGCAGCGUGCUCGAGCGGAACCCGUGGUGGAGGAGAUGUUUUCGUUUUGAACCGCGUGUUGCACGGGCGGCGGCGGCGGCGGGGGCGGCGGCACACGCCGUUGCCGUUCUGGAUUUUUCGUCGGCGGCGGAGGAAAUAAUUGGAGAUCUUCUCGCAUCCGCCCCCUUUCCACGACAACGAGGCGUUUCUCGGUGGUGACAGGGGCUUCAAGACCGACCUCACAACAGGAGGGACUACGGUGCGAUGAACAGCCGCCAUUCACCAAAUUAAGGCGACGGAGGGCAAUCAGAGACAGGUUAGUUGCAGAAAAAAUUGUGUGGUUGCCUGUUGUUCCGUUUGAAGGGGAUGCUGAUACGCGAACGGACACGAAUGGGUCCCGGGAAGACGCAAACCAGGUCAUCACCGUCUCCAGCCUUCAAUAUGACGCGUCCGC